UAUGAAAUCAUUAGCUUAUAUGAAACCAUGACCAAAAUAAUUAUUUUCAAUUGCUAAAAGUCCUACUCAAUAUAGUGGGAAGGGUUGCAAUAGAAAAGACAUAGCAUUGAGUCUUGUCCUGGCUGAAAGCUGGAAAGUCCAACUUACUGAAAAAUGUCAAUCUUCUGUAGGUGCAUGACUAGAAUUUUUUUUCCAGUGAAAAAAGAAAAAGUAAUGAGGCCCUUGGAACCCUCAGGACCCAGGAGGGUUUGGCCCCUUAGUGUCCUGGCUUCAGGCUUGGGAGAAGGCAAGAAGAGGGAGGCACUUGAGGACCCAAGGUGCUUCUCUGUGGGGAUGUGGUCCAUGGGUGCAGGAGCCCUUGGAGGCUGCUGCCUUGGCACUGAUGCUGGCCAACACAGAUGUAUUUUUGUUCAAGCCCUGGAAAGACGUGCUGGAGUACCUGGAGAAUAUAGACCUGAAAACACUGGAGAAGUAACCAAUGACUUUCAAAGCAAAGGAGCUAUCAGGGGGAAGAAGGAAGUUGUGAUUGUGGCUGUGCCAGGCUGUUUUCUCUGGCAAGAGGGGGCUGCAGAUCUGUCCUCCCUGCAACCCAAGUUGGAUAAGCUGGGUGUCUCCCUCUAUGUACUCAUUAAUGAGCAGGUCAGGACUGACAUAAAGUUUUUCCAGCCUUGUUUCAAAAGAGAAGUCUUCUUGGAUGAUAAUAAAAAGUUCUAUGAUCUACAAAGACAGAAGAUGAUGUUUACGGGAUUUAGACCUCUGGGAGUAUGGUACAACUACCUCCAGCCUGGAAUCGAGGCUUCCCUGGAAACCUGGAAAGCCAAGGCUUCAUCCUCAGGGGAGUUUUUGUGGUGGGAUCAGGAAAGCAGGGGAUUCCCGAGCAUGGAGAAAAAGAAUAUGGAGACAAAGUAAACUCACUUUCUGUUCUGGAAGCUGCUAGGAAGAUCAAACCAGAGACUUUGGCCUCAGAGAAAAAAAUGAUCGCAUGAAAUUGCCCAACUCAGAGGCACUAGGGGUAUUCAUUCACCUGUGUUCAUGGA